AUGGAGCGCGAUCUUUCUGACGAGUUGCGGCCACUCACCCGGGGAAAAGAGAACCGUGUCUUGACCAUGCUCCAAGGCGACGCCUAUGGGGAACACGGCGCUAUGCCAGGUCAUACGCGGGCCCAGUCCCUCGAGGAGGAUGUGGAGGACAGAAGAUCCAAGACAAUCCUGGACGCGCCAGAAUCCUUCCAUGUCGGCCAGCUUUCUCAGCAAAUCGCGUACUUGAUGCCUGUUCUUCCCAAGGUAUUUGCCCGCCAACAACAGAGCAGGCCCUAUCUCGUCGCUGGAGACCAUGCCCCGUAUUGUCGUGUCGAUGGUCUCAUCGUCGGCGGUCUGUAA